ACGUUUGGGUUAUCUAAAAAAUAAACAAGAAAUAUUGCACAACGUUGAAGAAAUUUUCGAGGGCCGGUCAUGUCUUCCCCAUGGGGUAAGGUCACCAGUGACCCGGUAGAGCCGCGUUCAUUUCAAGAUGUGAUGAGCGAACAACUGGCAGCCGAUCUCGAGGAGAAGGAAGUUUUAAAAGAAUGGGAAUUAGUCAGUCAAGCAGAGGUGGCGCCUGAGAUCAAUUUAGCCACGCUCACCUCAGGAAUGGGCUCUGAAGAUACCAAAGACGACCAUAUGCUGGCUCAACUUCUGCAGAUGGAGUUUGAUAAAGAGCAUGACCUUGAAGUGAAGGCUAGGGAGAAGAAAUACAAUGGUGACAGUAAAGUGUCGUUAUCCUUUGAGAACUACAGAACAUUACACCCAGCUUAUCGAGAUGAAGAAGAUGAGGUUGUCCCCAAUUUGGACGAAGAUUAUGAAGUGGAAAUGAAAUGGGAUGAAAAGCCGCCAACAUUUAAUAGCCAAGGGACAUCAGGCAAGGGAAAAGAUAUGAUCACCAAACAUGACUCCUCUGUAUGUGGCCGAAGGAAUGCGUCUAGAAUGAUGGAGUUUCCACCAGAGUUCGAAGUUGGAGAUGGUGAGGGAAUGGACAUGAAACUACCUAAUCAUGUAUACAAUAAACUUAAACUCCACUCCAUCGCAGAAAAUAAGAGAAGUCAGAAACUUCAUGAGAAAAAGGAACAUUCUACAGCGGAGCAAGCAAUGGAUCCACGAACACGUUUAUUGCUGUACAAGAUGGUGAACAGCCUUGUCCUGGACUCUGUCAGUGGCAGCAUCAGUACAGGCAAAGAAUCAGUCGUCUUUCAUGCCUACGGUGGAGAGAUUGCUGGCGAAGCAAUGCCAAAAGAAGUUGCAAUCAAGGUGUUUAAAACCACACUCAAUGAAUUCAAAAAUAGAGAGAAAUAUAUACAUGGAGACCACCGAUUUUCAAGAGAUGACUUCAAAAAACAGAAUCCCAGAAAAAUCAUAAAAAUGUGGGCAAUGAAAGAGGCAGCCAAUUUGAACAGAAUGAAGAAAUUUGACUUGCAGUGUCCAGUUGUACAGGUUCAGAGGAAACAUAUACUUGUUAUGUCAUUUAUUGGGGAGGAACAGAAACCAGCCCCAAAACUAAAGGAUGCUGUCAUGUCUGUAGAGGAUCUAGAGGAUGCUUAUAGCCAAACACUAGAGUUUAUGAAGACAAUGCAGCACAAGUGCAACUUGGUACAUGCUGAUUUGAGUGAAUACAACAUGCUUUGGUGGCAAGAAAAAGUUUGGGUGAUUGAUGUUAGUCAGGCAGUUGACACUACACAUCCACUGGCGAUGGAGUUCCUGCAUCGCGAUUGUACAAAUGUUUCCAAGUUUUUCCGUUCUGGUGGUGUUCAUCAGGUAAAAACCCCUGAGGAAUUGUUUAAUUAUGUGACUGGAUUGGACAUUUCUGGUGAGGGAGCGGACUUUGUUGCUCAGGUACGACGCUACGACAAAGAGAAAUCUGAGGAAUAUCUUCUGUGUCCAACAAAUCGCAAGCAAUUUUCGUUUGACUUUUUUUUCGACAAGUCCCAAAGGGAGAGAGCAGAAGCUUUGAAAGAGGUUGGAUUUUCAGACAGUGAAGAAGAGGAGAUUGAAAAUAAAAACAACUAGUUUUACAUCAGUUUUUAAACAGAAGCCGAAUAAUUUGAAUUUCAGUUAAUGAUAACAGCAAUGCUAAAUACUGUUGGAUACCCCUGUAUCAAAUGCGUCAACUUUUUUUUCAACCUAAAUGAUGUACCAGUCUACUAAACAAAGAAAAAAAUUACCAUGAAAAAUUAAUAAUAUUUGUGUGGUCUUCAAUUUAUUAAAGUUAGAGCUGAAAUAUGUGAAUGCUUUUUGAAGUUAUUUCUAAUUGGUACGCAUUGUAAAGAGGUUAGAUAAUUAAUGAUAAAUAAUAAAGGCAUAGUGUCAGAAAUGAUGGGUAUACUAUGAAAUGAAUAUCAUGUUAAAUGAAUCAAAAAAGUCCUUUGACAAGUAAAUUUGGUGUUGCUUUCAGUAUUUUUGUUGUUGUAAAUUUCAGAUUGAACAUAAUGAUGAUUUUGUUAAAUACAUGUCUCAUUUUGGAAUCAAUGUGUAGUUUUAUAGUAUGUGAUUAAUGCUGAUAAUGUGUGUACACAUCCAACAAACACGUAUCGUACAGCAUUUUAAUUUUUACUAGUUUUUACUGCCAUUUUGUUAUUUUCAAGGGAUAUUUUGCUUUUUUAACAAAAAUCAACUAUUGAUGUAUAAUUCUUCAUGCUUUAAACAGGUUGUACAUUUCUUAUAUUUAUGCACUUUUGAAAUAAUUAGAUACUAUUUAUGUUUGUAUCGUUCUCCAAUACAGAAAACCUUAACUUGAAUUAACAGAAUUGCAUAAGGAAUCUCGAUAAUUUUUUCCCGCACUUCUCAGCUACACCAGAAAUAAAUUUGUGAAAGUUAGAAAGAUUAAAAUACAAAAAAAUGAGUUAUUAUGUUUAAACAGAAGCUAAGCCUUAUUAACAUAAUUUUUUAUCUUUGGGGAAUGUUUUUGAAAGAUAGAUGCUAUUUAACCCGAUAUGUGUGCAUAAACACAAAGUCAUGUAUGUAGUGAGAUACUACAGUCAAGUUACGUGUUCAACCAUAUUAGCUGUAUAUUAAUGUUCAUGGUUCUACAAACCAUAUCUAAUUAUUGAAAUAUAUUGAAUAAAACAAUCUUGAUACUUCA